AGCAUGCAGAUCUCUCUCCUAAUUCAAAGUCAACGAAGAAAAUUACCAGUCAACAUCCAAGGGCAUUGAAUGAUAAGAAGAGAGCCAGACAUUAUCUUAUCUAUUUCUACUCGCACGCAUCAAAUGAUCCGAAAACUACGUGACAGACGUGACCGCGCCCCUUCCUAUGAACUCGACGCGUUGAUGCGGAAUAAUUCAUAAUCUCGGCAACGCUGGCUACUCUAAGGCCACGGAUGAAUCCCCUUUCUCCCUCAUACACUCUCCCGCUGACUUUCGCGUCCUUGGGGUCGGGCCAUGAUCUCGAGUGGAGCUGCUCGAAUUCCAGAUCGACAGUGUUGAUCUCGCUGCAGCACAAUACAGACGACGAGUAUCAGCCGCGUGUGUGUGCCAUACUCGGCUGUGAUGACGGCACAGUCUAUGCAUUCCGAAACUCACCUGCGUAUGCGACCGAUCCCAUAACCCAUCCAAACACAGACCCACCGACAUUGCCAACCCGUCUCUCUCCCGCGGCGACCCAGUCCUCACGUUCGGCCUCCCCCACGACAUCGGGUCGAGUCCCUUUCAACGUGUCAUCCAGGUCGCGCAUCGUCUCCGGCAUCACACCGGCGCAAGUCGAGGCCCCGAAGAACUACGUCGACUACGAUGAUGAACCGGAGAAGCUAAAGGGCAUACUGAAAGGCCGUACUUACAAGGACAAAGACAAGGAACGGCGCUCCCCUCCGCUAUCAAGUGAUUCCUCGUCUGUGCCCGCCUCUCCCCGCCAUCAGAGCAAACGCUCCGACCCUCUAGCGCCGCGAUCCCUGCUCUCUGCGACGAAUUCGCCGUCUCAGAGUCCCCGGUCAUUAUCACGCCCGACCUCACCCACGGUCCCUUCUGUCUUCCAUGAGCAUGUUCACGAUUGGGAACUGCUCUACCAUAUUGUUCCUUCGACGCCUCCGAGUCCGGUGGUGUCGAUACUGCUGCUUGAGGAUGAGACGCUCUUUGCAGUCCUUCAUCGGUCUGGCCAACUGGCAGUGUACUCAACGGCGGAUGGAUCAUGCAUGACCUCCUUGGAAGUUGAGAGCGUAAGCACCCGUGAUGGUGCAGAGUCUGGCUCUCUUCGACACGAUGUGUGGAUCUGGCGCCAGCUUGAAUUAGCGUUCAUCUCGCAGGUUAAAUAUUUGUGCUUGGUGACGGGGGAGACUGACUCUGCAAAACAGACCGCGGUACUGCUCUUGACUGCGUCCAUAGAUCCUGCUUGUCCGACUUCGGCACUCGAUCCGACCGACAACGGAGUACAGGAGAAAUCUCGCGUUGCCGUGAUACAGUUCCGAGCUGGCAGCCAUCGUGGGCCAUACGAAGUAGCUUUUGAGCUGCUGGGUGCUUGGUCUUUCGACGGGUUUGCUGACAGCGCCGGCAUAUAUCGCCAUCACUCGGAAAACAUUUUGUACUUGAUCACCCCAGGCGGCAGCUUUUCUCUACAAACACUCGACAUUCGACCGGACACACCCUCCUCAGAUCUACCCAAGCACGGCCAGUCCAAUGGGGCAACUAACCUCGCUGCUGUCUUCAAGGCGAUAAAUCUCAAGGUCCGCUCGGCAGAGCAGCUGCCGUUGGACGCAGAGUCCGCGAAGCAGGAGCCCGUACAUACUGUCGCGGGUCGGAUGGUCAUCGGUGAACCGUUGUUGAUAGGUCAGGUGUUGAAGGACGAGGUUUUUGCUGGCAUGACCUGCUGUAUCACCGGCGGACGGUUCCGGAGUGUCGUGUGGACUGACCAGGGCUUGACGGUGUUUGAAUACAGUGGGACCGGAACGGACUUUGGUGUUAUCUCCCACGCGGCUCUUCCUAACAUCAGGAAGGCACGACUGCUUUCUGAAGAUAGCCUUGUCGUUGUUUGCAAGGAUCGUAUUGAAACGUACAGCCUCACGAAGGGCAGCAUCCAACCAGAAUCAAAGCAGGUCCUCGCUGGAGAUUAUGAAGCAGUGCAUAUUGCCUCAUUGCACGACGUCUAUGCUACGACAGUGCAGAAUAGAAGCCGAUUAUUGCAAGCCUUCAAGCCAGAAGCUGCGUCCGUCAUGUGGAGAGCACGGCCGUAUGCACAACAGUCCGCAGCCCGGUGCACUUGCAUCAUGCCUCUGGAUUUCGACUGUGUGCUGCUCGGAUACGGCGAUGGCCACUUGAAGCGAUUCACCCUCGCUGCCUUGUGCGGCGAGUCUGUGCCCGUUCCACAAAACGUAUCCUCGCCACAGAUCCCCGCAUCCGUCGUUAAACUACAUAUGGUUCAGAACGUGCGCACUAGGGAGCAGUUCGUUGUGGGCGGCGGAGAUGACGGUUCAGUUGCAAUCUGGACAUCCCAAGGGCUGGUUCUUUGUGCCUAUUGGGUCAUAUUCACAGCGCCACUCGCCUGCAUCAUUCCAGUCCCUGCUGAAGAGCAAGGUCCCCUGCGUGGAUGUAUCUUGUGCAUCUCACGUGACGGAACGAUAGCUGUCAUUGCAGUCGACGGCUUCCACUACUUGUACUUGAUUCCUGGCUCGCCUUUUGCCCUGGAUCAGACGAAGGAGUUUUGGAGAUCGAUGAGCUCGGAAAAGGCUGUAGAGAUGACCUCUCAGGGUGGAUGGACUGAAUUAUCUUUGAAGGAUAGACCAUCUGGCCCUAUUCUUCGCUCUCUUGCAGGAGAUGCUGCCAUUUGCGGUUCCACGCUGCUGGUUGAUUUGGAGCAAUUCGUAGGGGUGGCCAGCACCACAGCACGGCUGAUCAGCUCCGGUCGAGAUCAGACUCGCGCGGUAUACGUUGCUUUGGCGCAAGUCAAACUGCUGUUGUCGACUUUACUGACGCUGAGGCUCAACAACGACAUCGAUGUCUUGUGUAAAGACAGACUUGGCAUACCGCUCUCGCACGCGCACGCCGGCUUCUCGAGCAACGGCACGAACUGUUUAUUCAAUGGCAGCCAGGCUUGGGUUGUCUCCGGGGAAAUCUCGGCUGCCCGCGCUCUAUCAAUCGUUGUUCUGCUGAGAACUUUGGCUCUAUUCGAUGAGCUGGCCGAUUCGGCGUCGACCGUCAUGGCGUUCUACAUGACCUCCUUGAGUGGUGUUGUCGGACCGCACUACAAAGCUCCUAGUCUCGUGUAUCUCGCCCGUCGCUGGUUCGACUCCUCGAACGAGUUACGACAGGCCGCCCGCUUGCUUUUAGAUGCGUCGAUUGCUCGACUGGGUGAUGACGAAGCGAGUUCGAUCGUUGACCACUGGCAACACUACCGCAAGUCAACUGAUUGGCUGCAUCCUAUCUCGUGCUCAUGCUUUGAUAAAUCAGUCCCGUGCUUGCAGCCAGCUGCAGAUCGUGAGACGCUGGCUGCCGCACUCGCUCUGUUUCUUUGUGGUUUCAUCGCCUCGGACAAGUACAGUCUGAUCGCUGUCAGUGCUCUGACGGACAUUUCCAAAUCAAUCGCACUGUAUUUACACGACGAGCAAUCUCUGUAUCGAGUGCUGGCCAUUGAGCUGUGCUCGCGGGGCUUCCACAUCUGGCAGCACUACAUCGAUGCGAUGGAAAUGCUACGGGCGUUGUUCAUGCUGGCCACCAACUCGCGCAAGGAGGCCAUCACAGCCCAGAAUGCGGGGCCGCAGGCACGUUUGGCUGUGCUGCACAUCGCAUCAAACGAGACCGCUCUUUUCAUGACGACGCUGUCCCUGGACAUCCUGAACCCCGUCGAUCUGGAUCACAGGAGAUCGGUCAUGCAGAUCGUCGCGUUCCUGAUCCGCAAGCGCCCGCUCGUCCUGUAUGCCAAUCUGCCGCGACUGAUGGAAGCGGUCGUCAAGUCGCUGGACCCCAACUCGACUACGAACCGGGACGCCGUUCUCGACGCCGCCACGGAAAUCAUCGGGCAUGUGGUGAAAACGUUCCGGUCGGUGGACUUCCACAUGGGGAGCCAGCGCCUGGCCGUGGGCACUAGCGAAGGCGCGCUGGUCAUGUACGAUCUCAAGACUGCGAUCAGGCUGUACAUCCUCGAGGGCCACAAAAAGCGCGUCACCGCGUGCAGCUUCUCGCCUGACGGCCGGCGGCUCGUCACGCUCUCGCUCGAGGAGAGCGUGGUCCUCGUGUGGAAAGUCGGGACGAGUUUCGCGAGCUUCUUCAAUCCGGGGGCGCCCCCGAGACAGGGCCACGCGGGCUCCGAGCCGUUCAAGACGCUCUCCUUCGCGGUAGGAGAGGCAGGCAAUAUGGACGUUGCAGAAAGUCUCGAUGCUGUUCGCUUUGAGUGGCCGUCGGAUCGCAGUGUCCGGCUCAGGAUACGAGAAAGUGUCUUGACGUUCAGUACAUGA